AUGACUUCUACUACCCUGAUGACGUUCUUGCUCUGCACGAGUCCAAACGUCCGCUCAGUGAAAUUGCUGGGCUCCUGGGAUAACUUUGCGAAACCGUAUGUAAUGGAAAGGGAUAAACGUGUCGGUGCUGGUCAUUGGCGAGGAUGUCAUACAUUCACAAACAUAACUUGCGAUGGAAUGGUGCACAACACCCUUCCUGCGCGCUCUGGGGGCCUUAAGAUGGGGGGCACCUACUGGUACUAUUAUCUGCUGGAUGACGAUAUUGAGCACUACAACGAAGCCCAGCCGAUGACGACACACUGCCCUUUUCUACCAGGCCAGCCUGUUAAUGUCCUCCAAGUUCCCAUUAUUCUUCCCGAUACACAUCUGACGCGAGCGAGAAGCCCGAGCGCUCAGAGAACAGUGCAAACCAUGAAUCCUGAGGAUAAAUACAUGAAUCCUCGAGAGCCGCCGAAGCCUAAGCUUCGCCUCCGUACCUCUCCACCUCUGCUACAGACGCCGACCCCCAAUUGGUCUUUCAGUACUUCUCCGCUAGGAGCUAUCACCAGCCGCGGCGCGUCCCAACCCGCUCACACUGCGCAUAAAUUCAUGCACCCUCGUAGUGAGGAAAAGGCUUCGCGCUCUGUGUCUCCGCCCAGGUCCAAAGGUCUGCGUGCCGCUUUUCGUCAAUGGAACGGAUCUACGCCCAAUAUUUCUCCAAAGAAUGAUCAAGAUGGAGUCUUCGAACAUCAAGCUUCGCACCUGCGUCCCCCACUCGACGAUCGUCAUCAUGCCAGGAGUCAGUCAAAUGAUAGCUACAUGCGGUCUCCAUCUAUUGGACAUGUGCCUGAGUUCAGUGAUGGCGGAAACCUUCCAUUCAGACGUCCUGUAUCGGCGGGAACCCACGACUCGGCGUCCCUCUCUAUUCAAGAACGACGAGCAAUGAAUACGAACUCUCCGGAUCGCUCUACACCCAGAAAUCCUUUAACUCUGCGACCGAAGCAGCCGUGUGUUGUUCCCAACAAUGCCGGCCAUUCCAUCCGUUCACCUUUUAUGAGAAGACCUCUUUCUACUCCGUCCACGCCUUCCAUGUUUAGACGGCCAUCUGGCGACUUGUCGUCCCCGAAAGAAUCAAUGACACCCACCCCGGUAGCCGUUGUGAAUAAGAGACUUCCCACCCUACCAAACUCCCCCUCGUCCGUCAUGGACGAGGCCCUGCGUGAACUUGAAGAGAAAGAACGAGCAUUGGACAUGGAGGCUCUUGCGAGCCACUUUUCUGACUUCACCGAAACCGAAUCUGUCGAUGGCGAUGGCCCCUGCGAAAAGAGCCGUUUCUCCGAAUGGAGCGCUGAUACUGAUAUCGUCUCGCCAGAGUCUAUGACGUCCUCCUCCACCUUCAAUGAGAAACGGGACUCUCCAGCCAUCCCAGCGAUUGCGCUAUCAGAACUGUCUGAUGCUUCCACUGAUGUCGCAUCCAGCGAUCCGAACACCCCACACCUAACCGUGGACUCAAAAUCUCCCGUUCAUCUUGAGGACUCCACACGAGUGGAUUUCUCCAUUCCUCGCCUCACAAUUGCGCUCUCUCCAUCAGACUUAAGCAUCCCGGGUCUUUACAUCAACGAGGAAGACGAGGGCCUCCUCGAAAGCAACCCCAAGCGCCACGCGGCUUUCUUCGAAGCGAUGGAGUUAAAAGGCCUUGGCUUAACGAGUCCUCCUGCAUCUACACUUCGAUUUCCUGAAGGCGUCCAGGAUGUGAUGUCUGACAGAAGCAUUACGCCUACGGACGACCCUGGUCGGUACAGCAUGCUCCUCUCUCAGUCUGCGACGAUGCAGGAGAUGAUCGAUGAGUUAAGCUACUUGAAGAACAUGAUCCAGUCUGGAGCUGCUCCAGAUCUGUGGUGGGCUUGUAGUCUCGAGACGCCCGCCGCCAAGAAUCCCAUUCCCACACCCGUCCAAGUCACGUUCCUCAAACAACAACAGGAACAGAAGAAUAAGCCCGCGCAUCUUCGCAUCCGCGACUGCACUUAUUCUAUAAACUAUGAUCGACUAGAAGAUACCCUGCGUCUCAAGAUGGCUCAAGAUGGUUCUCCGACCCAGCCACAACUCACACCAGUCGGGGAGAAGUCGCUGCCGGCAAAAUGCAAGGAGGACAUGAUCACAUACUGUCCGUCAAUGGACCUCAUUGCCCUGGUCACAGAGGACGAAGAACUCGGCGUCUUUCGUCUAAACGGUCAGAAAGUCUUUGGGGGAUCUUACAAGGGCGACCCUUACCUAGACGAGGAUGACGGGAGUGGAGAGAUUCGGGCUGUGCGAUGGAAGAAUAACGGCCAUCUCUUGGCUGUCGCAUGCGCGGAUUCCACCGUCCGCAUCAUAAGCGCGUAUAGCGGGAAAACAGCCCACCAUUACCGUGCGCAUGGUGAUAGUGGAGAGCAGAGCCUCAAGAUGACCUGCCUAGGCUGGGGCGUGAAUUUUACUGAUAGCAAGGUUGCGAGGCGUCAGCUGCAUGAGGCUGUGGGCCAACUCUCUGUUGAUGAUCUGCUGUCGCUCGAUAUGCAGCCUUCCAAGGCUGCGGCUCUGCUUAAGGCUGACUUGCCGAGAGAGCUGGCGCUGCUGGAUAUCGAGAGCUCGUUGCCGAGGCUAAGUACCUUGCCGUCUACGGGGAGCGACGACGAUGUCUUUAGCUCUCGGGCAUCUAUUGACGCGAUAUUUCACUCCUCACAGAAAGCUGCGAGCGGUGCAGUGGAUGUUCUACUUGUUGGGUUUGAGGACGGUACUGUCCAUCUUCGCAUCUUUGACUGCUUUGAGAUUGGCUCUGUGCUGUUUACGUCUCCUGCGCCAUGUGCCAUCCUUCAGCAUGCAUCUCACCCACUCAGCUCAACUCAUGCCCUUGUUGCAUCAUCCGGGAAUAAUUUGCGCCUCCUGACGCUUGAUUUGCGGUUUAUUACACGCUCUGGUCGGUACCUUUCGCUUCUUGCACAUAAGACGACCCAGCUGCAGAGUCUGCUCCGGUAUAUCUGUCAGGUACAGAGGCAGAUUGAGAUGGAGUGGAAGAAUGCGCAGGAGUUACCGGCAAGGUAUAUGCGCAGUGUCAACCAAGAUUUGGAGGAGAAGUGUCACUGUGAUUUUGUGACGGCGGCCUAUCAUUUGGUUGGACAUAAGAGAUGGGAGAAAGCCGUAGCGACUGGCUACGAGAUCGUCAGACGGCUGACGCACGAGUGCCUUCUUCCAGCUCUAGAGCGGUGCGAGGUUCUGCUUAGCCGACUCACUGGCCUUUCCAAAUUUCAGAAACUGAGCGAGGUCCUAGGACUAGAAACUUCGGACCUGAAAGCCAUCGUUGAGACACUUGAUUGUCUCCAUCUCCUAGCCCAUCACAUCAUCAUCAGUACGAAUGAGGAGCUGACACAAUUCCAUGCAUUCUCACGGUGGAUUCGUCAUCAAAUCGAUAUGCUUAGUGCAGAACCCAUGUCCCAGACCCUCGAAGAACUCAUGGAGAAAACCGAUCUGGUUGAAUAUCCGCUGACCCUGAGGUACAUCCGAGGUGCCUUGACCAAGAGCUCGCUACGAAAUUACAUCCAGCAGUUACCCAUGAUGGGAUUCCCAAGGCCUCCAGUUCCCUCAGACGACAAACUAGUCCCUACCAAGGGAAAUAACCGGUCUUUUUACGAUAUGUUCAAGGAAUUGCUGGAACAACAGAACAAGGCAGCUGAUGAUGCGGCACCUGUGAUACUUCCAAAGCUCAAUAACCUUACCAAACGCCUAGGGGUACAGUUCGAAAAAGUCUUUAGUCAGAUUGCAGUAACGCAGAAACGAGGCAUCCUGCAUCGAUCACCGCUCACUCUGCACCGGGACUGUGAUAAGACGGUUUUCGACUCUACAAUGCGUUACGAAGAAGUCAAAAGAGGAGAACAACUGAGCGUGAUAUAUGUCGCUUCAAGGCUGGCGACAUCAAGGCAUUUACUUUACAUCUAUCGAGUGGUCCUCGACUUGGAAAAUGGCGUCAGUUCAACUCGAGAAGCUCGAGUGGGAGUAGUCAACUUCCAUGAUGGCAUUAUCCGUCAGGUGCAGUUCGCCGAAGGCGACAACUUGAUGAUACUAUGGUCAAAUAACGUGGGAGUCUCGUACAUCCUUCAACUCCCAUUCCAACCAUCACCGCAAGAAUAUCCACCAGGAGCUGCCUAUCAACUCACGAUCAACUACCACGACGUCCACCACGUCGACGCCGUCAAGGAGAUGACAGACGUUGAUAUCCAGUCUUCCCAGCUAGUCAAGCAUCAGUUCGCACCGAAAGCCCGACCCGUUAAAAUCGAAGUGAAUGGACGACAGGGCCGAAGGGCGAUAUGUGUGCUGUACGCAGGGGCGCUACGGUACGAAGUUUUAGACCUUGAUGCUGAGAUGGGGGACGACGAAGAUGAGGAGGGUGAUGAAUAG